GCAGAAAGGGAGGUAUUAGCUGAAGGAAGGCGUUAAGAGAGGGCAUGGAUGUGGAUACAUUCAGAGUGCUGUUGGGAGAGGUAGUAUUUAAUAACUUCAGAGUUUUUUGCAGAGGAGAUAAGGCUCCCUGCUAAGAGUGAGAGGGAAAUAGGAAAGAGAGAGGGCUUCAGGAGCCUGGAGAAAGUUUAUAGAAUGUAGAGUGGACAAUGGGACAUCUGCCUUGUGUUGGGGGCAUAGUUGAGGUUGGAGACCAUUUGUAGUAGAAGCAGUCUGAACGGUGCUGUGAGUUUCUUCAGCUGUGAUAACUACUUGGGGUAAAGAAAGGGGAAACGAUUUAUCCAGGGCUCAGCUGUUGCUGAGAGAACUCAACAGGACAAUGGAGCGAGGCAUCUGAGGUGUGCCUGAGAGGGUGGCUGAUAGGAUGAUGGCAUCUUAGCUAAACAGGGGAAAUUUGUAUGGUCAAUGGAAUGCAGUCCUUUGUAAGGUUCAAAGAGCAGUGUAAUAGGAAAUGGUGGGUUUGGAAGGACAGAGAUGGUCAGAACAACUGGAAUUAAAAAUUUUAGAACUGGAUGAUAUAACAAGACCUGAUGGAUCUGAAGUCAGCAAAAUUAAGUUGAAGAACUCUGAAAUUAUUGGACUGGAUCACCCAUAAGAUCAUGAAAGCCACCUGUGACAAUGCCUGAAGAAUGCCUGCGUAUGGUGGUAUUCCCUCAUCCCACUGCCAGAGGGACCAGACACCUCUGUGGGCUCCAGCUGUGAGGCUUUGCCCACCUCAUCCAACAGAGGGAUAACCAAUUGGCUGAUAGAGUAACAAAUGAAAAGUAACUUGACUCCAUUGACCUGCUUAACUCCGUAUGGGAACGAUGGAAAGGAGCCACUGUUUGCUUUGAAACAGUGGAAUAGAUGAAGAGUGAAUACAUUUUCCCCCUCAAAUUACAACUUCCUUUUGAAUGCUGAAUAUAGAGAAAAAUAGAUAAAGCAAAGCAGGAGAAAAUGGCAUGUAACGUCCCUAACCAAAGACAGCGGACUAUGUCAACCUCCGGAGAAGCUCUGUAUGAAAUUCUUGGUCUGCAUAAGGGAGCAUCAAAUGAAGAAAUUAAGAAAACCUACAGAAAGUUGGCCCUGAAACACCAUCCAGACAAGAACCCAGAUGACCCAGCUGCUGCUGACAAGUUUAAGGAAAUCAACAAUGCCCACACCAUACUGACUGACAUGUCCAAGAGAAUCAUCUAUGACAAGUACGGCUCGCUGGGACUCUAUGUGGCCGAGCAAUUUGGAGAUGAGAAUGUUAAUACCUACUUUAUGCUGUCAAGUUGGUGGGCAAAGACCCUGUUUGUCAUUAUUGGCCUCUUGACCGGCUGCUAUUUUUGCUGCUGUCUAUGCUGUUGUUGUAACUGUUGCUGUGGACACUGCCGGCCCAAAUCAUCGGAGCCAGAAGAGGACUUCUAUGUGUCCCCAGAGGAUCUUGAGGAGCAGAUCAAGACUGACAUGGAAAAAGAUUUGGACUUUCCAGUUGUUCUUCAGCCUACAAAUGCAAAUGAGAAAACACAGCUAAUCAGAGAAGGACCUCGAAGUUAUUGCACAGACUCUUAAUAUUGAGCCCGCUGAGGGUCUGCAGUACGUCCUCUUGGUUCAACCAUGCCUCCAGGUGUCAUGGGGAGAGGACAGGGGGCAUGAAAUGCUGUGAACUUUUCCACAUUUGUAUUUUAUUUUUAGGUUAGGGAAAGAUAACUUUCCCUACAUAACUUUCUCAGUAAGCAGACUUACUCUUUGAGUAGAAUUCCUAACGAAACAUUCCAUUUCAAUGAAUAAAGACUUGAAGAGUUGUUUGAUGCUCCUUGCAUGAGGUAAAGCAGUGGCGUGGGACAGGCUUUAGGAGCCUGCCCUUUAUGGGAGCCAGAACUCACUCCUUACAGACUAAAACAAUAUUCUGAAACAAAGGCCACUUUCAUCUAGUUAGCUAAAUGCAAUAUUCAUAUUUUCCAUAAAUAUCAGCAAAAUAUGUACGAGAACUUAGGAGGAAUUUUGCAUGUGUGGAGGUUUUUCACUGUCAAUAUUCAAUAUGGCUAGAGAAAUAUUUAAAGAGGCAGGAAGAAAUUAUUAGGUAAAAAAGACAAACCAUAUUAUUUUAAAGUACAUUUUUGAAAGAUUUAAAAUUUUAAUUUGUUGAAAACUGGCAAAUAAAACCAGGAAGAAACAGGUUUUGUGUGUACUUUUAGACUGGCAUAAAAACAAAAACAAAACUCCAACCUGGUUCAAUGUUAUAAAUGAUCUGGAAAAUCAUUAUGCGCUCAAGCCAGUCCCAAACAAUGUGUUGAUCAUUUUUAUGUAAAAAUUAUUUCUGCAUAACUGACCUAGGUUAGCUAAACUAAAGAAAAACAACACGUGAGGUAAAGGGUAGAAUUCUAAAUUCUAUAGCCUACAUUUAAAGGCAUAUCACUUAUCCCAUUUUUGGUGGGAUUAAUUACAUUGAUGAGAAAAUAUUUAUCUCUGUGCAUGUAAAACAUUUAAACUUAGAGGUCAUCUUUACAUUUCCUU